UUGAUCACGAUGACAUCCCUGAAGUUUGCUUUAUAUUUGACCUGUCUUUGUUUGUGCAGAAUAGUUCUCUCCUCAUCUCUGCAUCAAGAAGGUGGUUUCAUAUUAGCUAAUGUUGGUGACAAUGUGACAUUACGAUGUUUCUAUAAAGGUGACAUCUCAGUAGUGCUUUUCUGGUAUAAGCAAACUCUAGGACAGAAACCGAGGCUCAUCUCUACCUUCUAUAAACAUGAUAAAAACGGCACUUUUAGUGAUGAAUUCAAGAACAAUCGACGCUUCACACUAGAGACUGUGGAGGGUAAAAAUCACUUAACAAUCUCGAAUUUGCACACUUCAGACUCAGCUACUUAUUAUUGCACAUCUUGCUAUGCAUACACAUUUGAAUUUACAGAAGCUACUACUGUCAGUGUAAAGGGUUCAGGUUGGACCAUCCCAGCUUUGGUCCAUCAGUCAGUAUCUGAGACCAUCCAGCCAGGAGGCUCUGUGACUCUGAACUGUACAGUACACACUGGGACCUGUGAUGGAGAACACAGUGUUUACUGGUUCAAAGACUCUGAAGAAUCUUAUCCAGGACUCAUUUACACCCAUGGAGGCAGGAAUGAUCAGUGUGAGAGGAAACCCAACACACAAACACACACCUGUGUCUACAACUUGCCGAUUAAGAGCCUGAAUCUUUCUCAUGCUGGGACCUACUACUGUGCUGUUGCCUCAUGUGGACACAUACUGUUUGGAAACGGGACCAAGCUGGACUAUGAAGAUGAGGCAAACUACCUUGUGUCCUGCUUGAGUGGAGCCUUGGUUUUCACCAGUACCCUGGUUGUUUUGCUGGUUUUCUCAGUGUACAAGUUGAGCAAAAGAGUCAGCUGCCAAUGUACAGAAUCUGAAAGAGCUUCAGCUACCACACCAAAUGCAGAGGGUAACAAAGAUGCAGAUGGCCUCCAUUAUGCUGCCAUAAGUGUGAACAAGCCCAACAAAUCAAGAAGACAGAAAGACAACACCAAGGCUGAAUGUGUGUACUCUGGAAUCAGGCAGUAAACAUGUUUAAUCAGUGCAGUAGUUUUUGUGUAAGAUGUCAUUGUAACACAUGUUAAAGUGAAGUGAUGUUUUGUCAAUGACACAUACACAUACUGUAUAACGAAUGGAAAAUUAAUCAAAACUCUCGUGUUGCAGUUAACAACGUGAACAAACUCAUGACAGUACUUCUGUCUGAUGUGGCGAAGGGUGCCAUAUUUCCACCUACUCACUAUUCCAUUAAACUGUAUCUGUUGUAUCGACCUCUCAAUGUAAGGACUGCUGAAAACAUGAAUAAUUACUCUAGUCUUGACAUGAUUUGUAAUGUACAUGUUGGUGGAAAUGUAGUGAAGUAGGAAUCUUCUUAUAGCUUCCCAUGAGGGUCUUUGCAAUUCUCUGUUCUCUUUGUUUUUGUGGCUACAUCAUUUCAUGCAGGAUGUCGACACAUUGUAACUCUGUUUUCUAUCAAAGCAACUAUGUAUUUAAAAUCCUUCUAUGUAUCAUAAUCACCCAAUGAAACCAGUUAAGAGGGCCAGAUUCAGUAUUGUUAUUCAUGUGAUGGACAAUAAUGGGAAUAUAUUUUGAAUCAUUUGUUCCCCAGCCCAUUGUUUUUAAUCAAAUACAGUUUUUUCAAUAUGCAUUUAGUGUUAUUAUCAAUCUAAUCAUUAAAUCCAAUCCUUUUCACUUUGGCAUUGAGAAACUGGGUAUAUGUGUACAGUAAACAAUAAA